ACUACAGUUCCCGGCAUGCCCGGCGCGCGGUACCUGCCCGCCCCCAGCCGCCGCGCCCGGAGGAUGCAGACGCCGGGGCGAGCGGGGAGGAUGGAGGCCGGGGAGGCAGCGCCGCCGGCGGGGGCGGGCGGCCGCGCGCCGGGCGGCUGGGGCAAGUGGGUGCGGCUCAACGUGGGGGGCACGGUGUUCCUGACCACCCGGCAGACGCUGUGCCGGGAGCAGAAGUCCUUCCUCAGCCGCCUGUGCCAGGGGGAAGAGCUGCAGUCGGACCGGGAUGAGACUGGGGCCUACCUCAUUGACCGUGACCCCACCUACUUUGGGCCCAUCCUGAACUUCCUCCGGCAUGGCAAGCUGGUGCUGGACAAGGACAUGGCCGAGGAGGGGGUCCUCGAGGAAGCCGAGUUCUACAACAUCGGCCCGCUGAUCCGCAUCAUCAAAGACCGGAUGGAGGAGAAGGACUAUCCCGUCACACAGGUCCCCCCCAAGCACGUGUACCGCGUGCUGCAGUGUCAGGAGGAGGAGUUGACGCAGAUGGUCUCCACCAUGUCAGACGGCUGGCGCUUCGAGCAGCUGGUGAACAUCGGCUCCUCCUACAACUAUGGCAACGAGGACCAGGCUGAGUUCCUGUGCGUGGUGUCCAAGGAGCUCUACACCUCCCCGCACGGGCUGAGCUCUGAGUCCAGCCGCAAAACCAAGAGCACGGAGGAGCAGCUGGAGGACGAGCGGCGGCAGGAGGUGGAACAGGUGCAGGUGGAGGCAGGUCCCCGUCUGCACCCCUCAGGGCUGAGGCUGCGCUUGCAGCGAGGGCUUCUCCUCCUCGGGGCCCCUCGCCCGCCCCCCCAGAGCCGCCAUCCCUGGUUUGUAGCUUGGCGGAGCUGGAGGGAGGGCGGCAGCCAGGAGGGGGCGCGUCUCCCGUCCCCGGACCUGAGCCUGACUUUUCAGCCGACUUUCUCCCCUCACCUGUUUGGCCUUGGGUGUGAGGGGCGGAGAGAAGAGCCUUAGGGGGCGGGGCCUCUUUGCCAUCUGUCCCUCUACCCCAGAGCCGGGCUGGGAAGGAGGGAGGGGGGACGGCAGCCAGACGCCUUGGCUUCACCCCUGCCCAUCCAGGAGCCCCUGCAUCACAGCCUCGCGGCACUGGGUUCCCCGUCUCUUCCGGGGUGGGAAGGACAGCCGGCCGCACCGGGGUUCCUUUGGCCUACGAGGAGUCAGCUAGAGCUGGCUGGGGAUCAGGGCGUCGCGGAAAAAGCCCUGGCCGGGUGCCUCCAAGCCCCCACUCAGUCGUAGCCGUCUGCUCUGUGACCUUGGGCAAGUCACUGUCCCUGUCUCGGCCACAGUUGCCUCUAAAAUGGGGAUAGGCAGCAGCUGCUGUCUGCCACCUUUUGCCUGAGCCGGCAGGGACCUGACCUUGACCGCCCCCCCCCCCUUCCCCAGCCAGAGUCACCAACGCUCUGGCUUCCACGGCAGCCACCACCCAGCCCAGGAUGGGGCGUGGGGCUCCCGGAUGGGCGAGCUGGGUCCCCUUCCUGCUCCCCCUCCUCGGCUCUGAAUUCACCUUCUCUGGGCCUCAGCCCCACCCCCCGACCCUCUUCUGAGAAGGGACCCUGUAACUCACCUACCUCUUUCUCUCUCCCUCUCUUCCCCUCCCCUCCCUCCAUUUCAAUCUCCUCUCUGCCCUCCCCUGGCCUCGCCUCACCCCUCCUCACUGGCCCCACCCUGUCAUUCCUCUCCUGGUGUUCUGACCACCCCCCCACCCGUCCC